AGCAAAAAAACAAUAUAAUACGGGGGUUCUCCUUAAAAGUUCCACUUCGGUGUCUCUCUUUCUCUUCUAUUUUCUCUGUAUUCAAAGCUUCGUCAUUCACUCAGGAAAACGUUCACUUUUUUCGAUCAGUCUCCACCUUGUUUAUGAGCUCGAAGGAGAGACCCACUCUUGGUGGAACGCGGAUCAAGACCCGCAAACGGAAUAUAGCUGCUCCUUUGGACCCUGCAGCAUUUUCAGAUGCAGUGGUCCACAUUUAUUUGGAUAACGCUGGUGAUUUGGAACUUAUCGCAAAGAGCAUUGAAUCUUCAGAACUCGACUUCUCAAGAUACGGGGAUACUUUCUUUGAGGUUGUCUUCACUGGGGGCCGUACACAACCUGGAACAACCAAAUCUGAUGAGGGGGAGCGCCACACUUACUCUGUAAUUGAUUCUGAACCGAAACGUGAAAAUAUUUUGGCAUUUGUGGUAUAUGUACAAAAGAUCCUACGCCGGAGGCCUUUCCUUAUAAAGAAUCUCGAAAAUGUUAUGCGAAGAUUCUUACAGUCUCUGGAGCUAUUUGAAGACAAUGAGAGGAAAAAGUUGGCAAUUUUUACAGCUCUUGCUUUCUCCCAAAAGCUUUCAGGUCUUCCACCAGAGACGGUGUUCCAGCCUCUCUUCAAGGACAAUCUUGUGGCCAAGGGGCUAGUUCUUACAUUCAUAACAGACUUCUUUAAGGAGUAUCUUGUUGAGAACAGUCUGGAUGACUUGAUUUCACUCCUGAAGCGCGGUAAAGUUGAGGAAAACCUUCUAGACUUUUUCCCGUCUUCUAAAAAAUCUGCUGAGGCUUUUGCGGAACAUUUCACCAAGGAAGGUCUUGUACAAUUGGUCCAGUACAAUGAAAAAAAGAUAUUUGAGGUUAAACUGGCAGAAAUGAAAUCUGGAUUAACUACUCAGUUAGCAGAAGAAGCUGAUGUAGAAGAAGUGAUUGAAACUGUGAAACAUCAUUUGAAGGAAGCUAAGCUCCCUGACAUUGAGGUUGUGCGCAUUUUAUGGGAUGUUAUUAUGGAUGCUGUUCAGUGGUCGGGUAAAAACCAACAGCAGAAUGCUAAUUCUGCGUUGCGCCAGGUCAAAACCUGGGCAAAGCUCUUAAAUACCUAUUGCACCAGUGGAAAACUUGAACUGGAACUCAUAUACAAAGUUCAGAGCCAAUGCUACGAGGAUACUAAAUUAAUGAAAUUGUUUCCAGAAAUAGUAAGGUCUCUUUAUGACCAGGAUGUGCUUGCGGAAGACACCAUCCUUCAUUGGUUCCGCAAGGGAACAAAUCCAAAGGGCAGGCAAAGUUUUGUGAAGUCGCUUGAGCCCUUUGUGAAAUGGCUGGAAGAGGCGGAGGAGGAAGAAUGAACUCGGUGGUUGUUACUGUAGAAGUUCCCCUACAUCUUCAAAUAUACCCUUUGCUCCUCCCAACAAAUUGUGUUAUUCUUAAGUUUUGUUAUGAUACAAUCAAGCAUUUACAAUAAUUUUUAAUUUGUGCUUCUUGCGAGUUUGUAACCACAUCGAUAAUAUGAUUGGUUAUGUAUUAUAAAUUGGUUUUAAAGCUGUUAUUUUUACAAAAUCUUGUUAUUUUUGUAUGUGCCCUUGAUGCCAUUAAAGAAGCAGGUUUGCAUAAUUUUGGACCAUUUAA